UUGGUUUCACAGAAAAUGAAACUUAACAAAGUGCAGUGUUGGAAGAUGGCACAGAGCUGCAAAGGGCCACAUGCUUUAUCUUGUUCGAUAUGUUUGGAUAUUCUGAGGAGCCCUGUGACUCUUAUGUGUGGCCACAGCUACUGUAUGGACUGCAUAAAUGGCUACUGGGACCGGGAGGAUCACAUUGGUGUUUACAGCUGUCCUCAGUGCAGACACACUUUCCUCACCAGGCCUGUGCUGAACAAGAACACAGUGCUGGCUAAUCUGGCUGAGAAUAUGUCAGGGGCAGGAGAGCCCAUCCCUCCUGAGAAGGAUGACAAAUCUAGUCCAGGGUAUGUGGAGUGUGAUUUCUGCACUGUGAAGAAGCUGAAAGCUGUGAAGUCCUGCCUGGUGUGUUUGGCUUCUUACUGUGCCAGUCACUUGCAGCCUCACUAUGAGUCUGCUGCUUUCAAAAGACACAAGCUAGUGGAAGUGUCUGCCUCCAUGCAGGAGAAGAUCUGCCCUAAGCAUGACAAGUUGCUUGAAGUCUAUUGUCGCAGUGAUGGUCAGUGCAUUUGCCUGCUUUGUGUGAUGGAUGAGCACAGAGGUCAUGACACCGUCUCGGCUGCAGCAGAGAGGAAAGAGAAACAAAAACAAUUCGGAAAGAAGAAACAAAGAUACCAACAGGGAAUACAGGCGAAAGAGAAACAGCUGAGGCAGCUGAGAAUGAAAGUGAAAGCCCUGCAGUGUUCUGGAGAUGCAGCGGUUGAUCAGAAUGAGAAAGUUUAUUCUGAAAUAGUUCUGAUGGCUGAUAAAAGGCGUUGUGCCAUGAAGGACCUGAUAAAAGAUCAGGAGAAGGCUCUGGUGAGCCAAGCUGAGUCACUGGUGGAUCGGCUGGAGAAAGAGAUCUUGGCGUUGAAAAGGGGGGAGGAUGAGCUGAAGCAGCUGUCAGUCACUGAGGAUCAUAUUCAUUUCCUGCAGAGCUGCCAGACCAUUUUUGACCGUCCAGAACCUGACGAGUCCUCUGAUUUCAACGUUGAUCUGCACACACCUUUCGACUUUGUAACAAAGGCCAUUUCUGAUUUGAGAGACAAAAUGGAAAACAUAUCAAAAGCCAUUGCAGUAUUAACCCAGGAAAUACAGGCUGAUCCUGAUCCUAAGACAAGACAGGAGCUCUGCAUCUAUUACUGCCACCUCACUUUGGAUCCCAACACGGCAUUUGAACACCUACUGCUCUCUCAGGAAAACAGCAGAGUAACCUGGACGAAAAAACCCCAGAGUUAUCCAUACCACGCUGAGAGAUUCACUGAGUUUGAUCAAGUUUUGUGCAUUGAAGGUUUAUCUGGAGCUUGCUAUUGGGAGGUUGAAUGGCAGGGGCCCAGGGUUGAGAUUGCUAUGUGCUAUAAAGGGGCAGAGCUGGUAGAAAGUGCAUUUGGAUACACAGACCAGUCCUGGUGCAUUUCCCUUUCCAAAUCUGGUUGCACCUUUUGGCACGGUGGUGCAAUCAGUAACAAAAUAUCCACCCCGUGCUCCUCCACUGUAGGAGUGUAUCUGAACCAUAAGGCAGGGAGUCUGUCCUUCUACAGUGUGUCUGCUUCUGAUCAAAUGAUGCUCCUUCACAAGGUUCAGACCACAUUCUCCCAGCCUCUGUACCCGGGGUUCAUGGUCUCCAGAGGUGCUUCAGUCCAGAUAAAGGGUAGAAAGGGUACACCAAAGUAAAGAGCAGCCACAGUUGCUCAAGUGACACUUCAGAUACAAUAUUGUCUUUGCACUCUUAUCUUGUGUAUGCAUUAAAAAACAGUGCUGCAAAGGUCACGCUAAAAAUAUUGUUUAUCAUUGCUCAUUAUACUUAAAGCUUUACUUCAUUCUUUAAAAUGUUCUUUAUUUGCAAGAAAACACUGAUGUGAGUUUUUUCCCCAAGUGCUUCUGUUUGUAUGUUUCAUGUUUCUGAUCCUGUAAUGAAUCCAUUUUAAUUCAGAAUUUCAUUGCUUGAUACUAAGAAUAAGAUUUGACUUUACCAAUUAAAUGUUCAUAAAUAACAGAGGUCAGUUUCCUCUAGCUUAGGCAUGUGUUUACUAAUGCCAAUAAAAUCAUAAAACUGUAAAA